AUGGCUGAUGCUGGAGGAGAUGAAGUGCAAGUUUCUGCUGCUGCUACUGAUGCCCCAGCACAGAUGGAUGUCCAACAAUCAUUGAAGGCUGUUUUGAGAUCUGCUCACUUCGCCGACGGUUUGGCUAAGGGACUCCACGAGGCUGCCAAGGCUCUCGACAAGCGUGAGGCUCACUUCUGUGUCCUUGCCGAAAACUGUGACGAACCCCAAUACGUCAAGUUGCCGAUAAGAAGAUCAUCGGAGAAUGGUGCGGACUUUGCAAGUACGAUAAGGAGGGAAAAGCCAGAAAGGUCGUCGGAUGCUCCUGCGCUGUCGUUAAGGAUUACGGAAACGAAGAGCAAGGAAGAGCCGUCCUCCAGGCUUAUUUUGAUUCUAAGAAGGUUUCAAUCUGCCAAAGAGAAGAUGACCAAUGAGAUCCAUUUGUUAGGAUGGAAUCUAACACACAAACCCAAGUAUGUCCAAUUUCUUGCUUUGGCUAGUGCGAUCUUCGUGCUGUAUAUAGGAUAUGGAUAUAUGCAGGAACUUAUAUUCAAACUACCGGGAAUGAAGCCUUUCGGGUGGUAUCUAACUCUUAUCCAGUUUUUUGUGUAUAGUGGAUUAGGAUACUGUGAGUGUCUCCUAUGGCAUGAUACCAGUAGAAGGAUUCCUUUGAAAGUAUAUGUCUUGAUCGCUUUCUUCACAGUAGCAACUAUGGGUCUCUCGAAUGCAUCAGUGGGGUAUUUGAACUAUCCAACUCAGGUUAUAUUCAAAUGCUGUAAGCUCAUCCCCGUACUAAUCGGAGGGAUCAUAAUUCAAGGAAAACGUUAUGGCUGCUUGGAUAUUUUUGCUGCCAUAUUAAUGAGCUUGGGUUUAAUAAUGUUUACUCUAGCUGAUAGUCAAGUGUCUCCCAAUUUCGAACCUCGAGGAUAUGUAAUGAUUUCUGGAGCCCUACUUGCGGAUGCUGUGAUUGGAAAUAUUCAAGAGAAAAAUAUGAAGAAGUUUGGGGGUUCAAGUAAUGAAGUGGUGUUAUAUUCGUAUUCAAUUGGUUCUAUGUACAUACUAGGCUAUGUUGUUGUCACCGGGGAAAUAUUUGAUGCUUUCAUUUUCUUCUGGCAGAACCCGUGGAAGACCUAUGGGUAUGCGUUACUUUUCGGUCUCUUAGGUUAUCUAGGAGUGAACGUAGUUUUAACCUUAAUAAAGGUCAGUGGAGCUUUAGUAGCAGUGACUGUGACAACACUGAGGAAAGCCGUCACCAUAAUCUUGUCCUUCGUUCUGUUUUCGAAACCCUUCAGUGUGGACUAUAUAUGGGCAGGCCUUGUCAUAUUACUUGCUAUAUAUUUGAAUUUGUACAGUAAAAAUAAAGAAAGCUGGAACACCAAGAUAAGACACUUCGUUGGUAGAUUCUUCUAUGGAAGGACUCCUAUUAUAGCGAAAAGAGAUUUCGAAAUGGUUUAA